AUGAAUGUCGACCCUACUGAAAGCCCUACUGUAAGCCCGACUGUAAGUCCUACUGUAAGCCCUACUUUAAGCCCUACUGUAAGCCCUACUGUAAGUCCUAAUGUAAAUUAUACUGUAAGCCCUACUUUAAGUCCUAAUGUAUGCCCUACUUUAAGUCCUAAUGUAUGCCCUACUUUAAGUCCUAAUGUAAGCCCUACUUUAAGACCUACUGUAAGUCCUAAUGUAAUCCCUACUGUAAGUCCUAAUGUAAGCCCUACUUUAAGUCCUAAUGUAAGUCCUACUGUAAGUCCUAAUGUAAGCCCUACUUUAAGUCUGAAUGUAAGCCCUACUGUAAGUCAUACUGUAAGUUAUACUGUAAGCCCUACUUUAAGUCCUAAUGUAAGCCUUACUUUAAGUCCUACUGUAAGCCCUACUGUAAGUCCUACUGUAAGCCCUACUGUAAGUCCUAAUGUAAGCCCUACUGUAAGUCCUACUGUAAGUCCUACUGUAAGCACUACUGUAAGUCCUACUGUAAGCUCUACUGUAAGCCCUACUGUAAGUUCUACUGUAAGCCCUACUUUAAGUCCUAAUGUAAGCCCUACUGUAAGUCCUACUGUAAGCCCUACUGUAAGUCCUACUGUAAGUCCUAAUGUAAGCCCUACUUUAAGCCCUACUGUAAGUCCUAAUGUAAGCCCUACUGUAAGUCCUAAUGUAAGCCCUAAUGUAAGCCCUACUUUAAGUCCUAAUGUAUUCCCUACUGUAAGUCCUAAUGUAAGCCCUACUUUAAGUCCUAAUGUAAGCCCUACUUUAAGUCCGAAUGUAAGCCCUACUGUAAGUCCUAAUGUAAGCCCUACUGUAAGUCCUAAUGUAAGCCCUACUGUAAGUCCUAAUGUAAGCCCUACUGUAAGUCCUACUGUAAGCUCUACUUUAAGUCCUAAUGUAAGCCCUACUUUAAGCCCUACUGUAAGUCCUAAUGUAAGC